CAUCAUCAUUGAGGGUUGUUGAGAGUUGUCUUCGCCCUGUCUCUGUCGCCUCCAGGAGUAUAACUGUUGAGGUACUCUGCUAUUUUUGACAAGCAUCAUCAGACGAGAGCACAAGGGUGACCGGCCGACAGCAACCAUGUCGAAAGACCUGGGCUACAAGCAAGUCAAGAACGUCGAGUCGAGGCGGACAUGGGAUCGCGACUACUACGAGGCUAAGGCAAAGGAGAGGAUAGAGCAGGGCGACGACUACCAGGAAAAGGACGAAGGGGCACCUGCAAGGAGAAGCCAAAAGGAGGAAUUCCAGCCGGCUGCCCCGGGGGCGGCGGGGCCAGCAGGCUCAGCGCGGGCUUACCUCAAGACCCGAGAGAGGAAGGUCGACCUCUCCUCCAAGCUCGGCAAGACGCAGGUAGUCACCGCGGCGUCCACGCCGUCCCAGCAGGGAGGCUGGUACUGCGAGAUCUGCAAGUGCGGGCUCAAGGAUAGCAUCAACUACCUGGACCACAUCAACGGCAAGAAGCACCAGAGGGAGCUGGGCUACAGCAUGCGGGUAGAGAGGUCCACCGUUUCGCAGGUCAAGGACCGACUGAAGAUGCACAAACAGCGGGAAGAGGAUCGGAUUUCGGGGGCUUUGAAGAAGCCAUCUGCAGAAGACGAGUUUGACACUAGGGUGCGGGAGGCAGAGGACAACGAAGAGCGACGAAAGCGACAAAAGAGGGAGGCGAAACGGCUGGCGAAAAAGAAGCAACAGGAGGAGGAGGAGGAGAUGGAGUUCCAGGACCCCGAGAUGGCGGCGAUGAUGGGCUUUGGAGGCUUCGGGGGGGGGAGCAAGAAGUAGUAGACACAUUGAUGUGGUACAUCUCUCUGCGGCAAUUGGAGCCGCGAGGGCACGAAAUAUCGUGUCCACGACAAAGUAGUCAAUCUCAUGGCAGCGUGCUAGUGUGUUCACACGACCAAAUGUCAUGGAUGGCAUCAUGAUAGUGCGUGUAAUAUGGUGUGUUUUACCGAGUGGUGCUCAGAAAGAUAGAUACCACAUCAUGCCUUGCUACUUGGUUGUUGGCACUGUAGUUAAACCUGGUUUUAAAGUUGUUGUUUAGAAGGGAAGACGAGGACGGUGCGCCGCGCGCGCCGCCGUAUAGUCCUCGCACGAUUGCUCUUUUUGCUUUAUUUGGUUGACUGUCGAGAUCAUGUAAUCACCUCCGUGAAGGCAAGAUUGAAAGAAGUGCUAAUCCUUGGAGCGGAUGUUCCUACCAAUUAGUUGCCCUUUUGUCGGCUGGCAAGAUACGCUAUGGGUUCGAACCCUUACGAAAUUGGUGGCGAGUAGAGAUGUCUGUGAGUUGCGUAGAUGGCGGCGCAGCGUAGCUUGCGUUUGAUCCGAUCCCCGUCUUGCCCGUCAAUGUGUGCCAGGAAUAACAAAUUACGUGGGUACGGGGAAUAUUCGGACCUCCACGACAUCC